GGGACGGGGCGGGGCCGGCGAACUUCUGUGCCUCACUGUCCCCGGACACUGAGGGACACCGGGCAGGCAGCUGGCACCAUGAAGAUCUGGACUUCGGAGCACGUCUUUGACCAUCCAUGGGAAACAGUCACUACGGCUGCAAUGCAGAAAUAUCCAAACCCCAUGAACCCGAGUGUGGUUGGCGUCGACGUGCUGGACAGACAUGUCGAUCCCUCUGGAAAGUUGCACAGCCACAGACUGCUCAGCACAGAGUGGGGCCUGCCUUCCAUUGUGAAGUCUCUUAUUGGUGCAGCAAGAACGAAAACGUACGUGCAGGAGCAUUCUGUAGUUGACCCGGUAACGAGGACAAUGGAGCUCAAGUCCACCAACAUCUCAUUUACAAAUAUGGUCUCAGUAGAUGAGAGGCUGACAUACAAGCCACACCUACAGGACCCAGAGAAAACUGUCCUGACCCAGGAAGCCCUCAUCACAGUGAAAGGGGUCAGCCUCAGCAGCUACCUGGAAGGACUCAUGGCAAGCACCAUAUCUUCCAAUGCUAGCAAAGGCCGAGAAGCAAUGGAGUGGGUGAUACAUAAACUGAACGCUGAGAUUGAGGAAUUGGCAGCAUCAGCAAGAGGAAGCAUAAGGACACCAAUGGCGGCAGCGGCAGCACUGGUGGACAAAUGACAAUGGAAAUUGGUGUGCAGCAUCAGGGCUCCAGGACUCUCAAGCUGGCAUCAUAUUAUUUGUUAUUUAAAAGACACAAUUAUUUUAGGUAGAUCUUUUUUUUUAAUGAGGUGGGGUAAGGCUGUGACUUUUGAUCUAAACAAAAGAUCCAGAACCUCUAAAUCAGAGGGAUCAUCUGAGGGGAGGAUGUAAGACUGGGAGAGGCUGUGUUCAUGUGAACAGUUAACGGGUUUGUUUGCUGUUGUUGUUGUUGUUGUUUAAGUACUUAGAAGAAAUUGGUGUUGAUCUGGAGUCUCUUAAAGCUCCAGGUACUGGAACACUACCUGGCUGCGGACCAACCAGAGCAGAGCCCAGCCGCCCUCCUGUCCACAGCUGCCCGCUGCUGUGAACCAGAACUGCCUGCAUGAGGGACUCACUCUACAAAGAGAACCUGUAAAAUUUAAAUGACAUUAAUUUAUAUAAAAUAACCUGCCCUGCUGGAAACCAGUGUUUGGAUUUGGUACUUUUAAAUGAUAUUUUUGGAGUGAAAAUUAACAGUAAGGUAAUAUAUGACUCCAGCAAAAAUAGUAUUUUAUUGUAUUAACGGGUACUAUAAUAAUUUGCCAAAUUUUGUGACUUAGUAAAGGCAUUCCCUUCCUUGAAUUUGUACUUUGUGAUUUCGCAUGCUGUACUGUGGGCUGGUUAUGUUAACCGAAAAAAUAAAGUCAUUACCUGAGUGUCUCA